GAUGCGACUGGAAGCGGCGGGCGCUCGCGGGCACUCCAGGGUCCAGCCCUAUAUAAGUCACCCUUCUCGCUGGCUCGCUGCUAGCUCGUGGUCGUACGUCGGCUUCAUCGAGCAAACUCGCCUCCACACAACGCACACAAGGGAAACUGGGAAAAGAUCUAUACAGAUUCAAGUCGAGUUAGUAGGUUCAGAGAUGGUGUUCAACGUCGUUGCUGCCGCGGUGAUCGUCGGCCUGGGCGCUGUGGGCGCCUAUUUCCUUUGGCCGGCGGCUGUCGUUGCCGGCGGGAUGAUGAAGGCGCCCGGCGCGGCCGGAUUUCUGAUCUCGCGCGCCGCAUUUGCGGCCAACCCUCAGAUGUACUUCCAGCUCCUGCACAACGCCGGUGCUGCGGCCGCCUUCGCGGCCUAGAGAGGCAAGGCACGCUAGGAGUACCAAGUUAGUGCCGGUACGCUACGUAGUUAGUAUGGAGUUAGGGGUAGGGACUGAUCUUUCGUAUUUGGGCACGUAUGGAGUGCCCAAGCUAAGCAAGUAGUACUACGCAUCAGUCUAGUUCAGGAGUAGUAUGAUCUUUUGUACUUGGGCACGUAUGUGUUGCCCAAGCAAAGCUAGUGUCAAGUUCAAGAUUUAUCUUCUGUACCUGGACCGUGCGUGUAUGUUCGGCACAAGUUAGUAGCGUGUCAAGAGGCUGAAGCUACUCUGUAAUAUAGUAACCGCUAUAUGUGUGUGUGUGUCCCUG